GUAUUUCAAAUCAAUCGGAAUAUGACAUAAUACAUAACCUUCUCAGACAUUUUUUGACAAAUGACAUUGCAGUUUUGAAGUUUGGCUCCUGUUUCCGAAAUUGAAUCAUCUUUUCAAAACCAGAAAUUCUAAGGUGGUAAUGGUGAGUUUGAGAAAACCUACGAUGGACAACAACAUUCACUUAACUAGAUAAUAGUUUCGAACUAACUCUAUUCUGGUGGUUGGUAUUCUUUUCUGUUCACUCUGCACCUUGAGGUUUAAGGGUUGCAUGUUCACUUAACCAAAGUAUACGGCAAUCCCUAGCGGUUGCAACCACGUAUUCUAGUCAUCGUCGCUAUAACCAAAAUCGAACUAUACCAAAUGACGUUUUCCAAAGAAAAAGCUCGCAACCACGAGUGCGAAAUAUGCAAGAAGAAAUUUUCAACCAAGACCGACCUCAUCAAACAUGUCAGGAUACACACUAACGAACGACCGUUCACUUGUAAAUUCUGCGGUCAGGCUUUCAGACAGGCUGGUUCCCUGAAGAAUCACAUCGCCUGUCGACACUCUACGACACUGCAGAGUUCGGAAAUUUUCAUUUGCAGCUAUUGCGGAAAAUCCUUUCCUAUAAAGGAAAGGCUGAAAUUGCACCUUAGGAUUCAUACCGGUCUGAAGCCGUACGCUUGUAAGCUGUGCCCGAAGACCUUCGCUCGUGGUGGUCAGUUGGUGCAACAUCAGAGAACACACGACGGCUCCAGACCGUUCGUAUGUAGGAUUUGCGACACAACAUUCACCACAUCGGCAAAUCUGCGGUCGCACAUGAAACGGCAUUUGGAAAUCCGUGAUUACAUUUGCGACCUAUGCGGCAAGUUGUUCUUCAGGAGAGACGCCCUAAGGAAACAUUUAAACUGUUACCACGCCAAUUUGAAGGCCUAUUAUUGCGAGAUUUGCAAGAAGGAAUUGAAAGGCCACUUACCACAACACAUGAGAACCCACGCCAAAGAUAAACCACAUGGUUGUGCCCAUUGCGGGGCCAGGUUUGCACAAAGAUCUCAACUAACCGUACACCAAAGAGUCCAUUCCGGCGAAAAGCCGUACAGGUGUCAAGUGUGCUGGAAAGCUUUCGCUCAUUCUACAGCGCUCAAGCUGCACUGCCGUUGCCACACCGGGGAAAAACCUUUCGCUUGCAAAUUGUGCAAUAAUUCCUUCUCGCAACUACCUCACCUGAAAAAACACAUGCUGUGCGUGCACAAAUCCAGCAAACCGUACGUUUGCGGAAACUGCAAGAGCUUUCAUAAAACGAAAAAGGAACUCGAGUUACACGCUAAAACGUGUCAGUCGAACGAGGAUAAACCGGAGGUUGUCGCUAAAAAAGAGGUUGAAGUACUGAAAAUCGGGGCAGCUAUGCCAAUUGGGAAAAUGAGAUUUCUGCUUGCCAUUUUAAUCAAGAAGAUUUCAUCGGCUGAAAGACUGAAGGAAAUAGGAUUCAAUAAGAGGCUGAUCGAUGAUGUUUUGAUUGAUUCCAUCAAGAUGUCCGGAAGGGUUCCUUGUCAAGAUUGCACUCUGACUCCUGCCGAACAGUUAAAGCUCAACGUGCAGAUUCUGUUAGAAUGGACUGUUCCAAAGAAAUACAUGGAAAAGUUCAAACUGGAACAGCGUUCUACGGAAGAACUGUUGGAAGAGUUGACUUCCUAAAGGGGUUUCAGAUUUCAAUAGGAUAUAACCUGAAAAAGGUUGAGGGCUUAGAAAUGAGGAUGGCGUUAAUACUGCAGUAAAUACUUGUGCGCUCCUAGAUAUUAUGCAUUGGGUUUAGAUCAUAAACUUUAGCUAGUUCAACUAACCUAUAUUAUUCGCUUCUUGCAUACUUCAGAUUGGAUGACAAGAGUUGAAAAACAAACUUGGCUCUCAAUUUUUAC